ACAAGACCGUCCGCGUUACGGUACAGUCCUCUUCGUCAUCGGUCGUCGGUCGCCGCGUAACGGUGUGCAGCUGUUGUCGAACGUUCGUGUGCGACAAGUGCGCGGGUGCAGUGUCCGUCGCUGUACGAGGUAGACAAAAAUAAACAUCAAUAAUCGGCGUUAACAAUACGAUACACCUAUUCAAUAAUCAGUSGGUUUGUGACCGGAAGUGUCUGGAACGCCACUUCCGCCGCGAUAAAUUUUUAUUCGRGUUUUCUCAAACGCUUUGCGCACAACGCGCCUAUUCCGCCAAAAUAUUACAUUAAGACAUUUUAUAGCGCCGAAUCGCGUCGUCUUUGGAUCUGUUGGCAUUUUUAUUCGCACGGCCAUCAUGUGGCCGGACGCAUCGCUGAUUUUUGUCGUCACGUCGACAGUGUCGACGUCGUCGCCGUCAUCCGUCGACCGCCGGCCACCUUCGUGUUAAGCUGUCGAGUCCGGCGCCGCGGCUUUUUUUCGUCUGAGGCCACACGGUCCGCUGCCAUCAUGCGACCGUCGCCAGACAGGCGACUUCGCAUCGCCGUCGCCGCUGCCGUUGUCUGCGUCCUGGCUGUCUACGCGCCUGCAGACGUCUCGUGUGGACGGGCCCCACGGAUCGUCGAACAUCCUACAGACAUGUCAGUCGGACUGCACGAGCCGGCAACGCUCAACUGCAAGUCUGAUGGUCAGCCGCAACCGGAAGUCCGGUGGUACCGGGACGGACGUCCCGUGGACGUGGCCAGCAGCGUCCGGAAGGCUUUGCUGCCGGACGGGUCGUUAUUGUUUCUGGAGGCAUCGCAGGGCAAGCGCGACUCGGACUCCGGCACGUACUGGUGCAUCGCUCAUAACGCAUUUGGCGAGGCCGUCAGCAGAAAAGCCAACCUGGUCGUCACAUAUCUAAAACAGGAUUUUAGAGUGCAGCCCAAAGAUGUGAAUCCGGCAUCCGGUGACACGGCCAUCAUGGAAUGUGAUCCACCCAAAGGACAUCCCGAACCAUCGGUAGCGUGGCACAAAAACGGUCAAGCUAUUCCAGUCGACGAUAAAAAAAGAUGGUACAUUGAAGACARUGGAAAUUUGAUCAUUCGAGACGUGAACUCUGAGGAUGAUGGUUCUUACACGUGUGUAGCUAGCAACUUAGCAGGAGUACGGAAAUCCAAACCUAUUUUGUUGGCAACUCAGAUACGUCCGUAUAUGAUACAAGCUCCAAAGGACACUAUAGCCAUGGCCGGUUCUAGCGUACAAUUGCAGUGCAAAAUCGGCGGGACUCCUCAACCAGAAGUAUUUUGGAAAAAAAUAUCAAACACUGGAGUAGCACAACACAUAAGGACUAGCCAUUAUAGGAAUGAGAAGCUUUCCGGGGAGAGGGACACGUUCGAGCACGUUUACAUAACGCAAGACGGCAGUUUGAGAUUAGACAACGUGAGUCCGGAAGACGAAGGGAAGUACGUGUGUCACGCAGAAAAUCACCAGGGCAAAGUAAACGCUGCGUCUUCCCUCACUGUGCACUCUGUCCCGUUAAUCGCCCAAAGGCCUGCGGAUACACACGUGUCGGCCGGUAGCAAUGCAGUAUUCGAGUGCGGUGUCAGGGGUAAUCCCAAACCAACGAUUUUCUGGUCAUUACAAGACAACGAUACCGUGCUAUUCCCCGAGGAGAGCUGGAACGAAUUCCACGCCGAAGACACUAAAGAUUCCGUGUCCACGCUGGUCGUACAUAACGUCAGAAAAGAACAACACGACCAGCUGGUGGUCAUGUGUUCGGCAAUCAACGAGGCGGGAUCGGACGAGUGGCGAGCCACGUUGACAGUGGCGGCAGCCGCGUACGACGAGUUCUUACCACCAAUCAUCGAAUAUGGACCCGCAAAUCAGACGCUGCCGUACAGUUCGAUUGGUAAUCUAGUAUGCAAAGCUAUCGGAAAUCCUCAGCCAGUGAUCACGUGGUACAAGGACGAUUCCCCGUUGUCRACGGAAAUCGCUAGGAUCAACAUCACCGAAUCCGGCACACUUCAAAUAAUGAAUUUACAAAAGAGCGACAACGGUGUUUACACAUGCGUUGCGUCUUCCGUCAACGGUAAGGCCACGUGGAGCGCCGAACUGAAAAUGGAAUCACCGAAAAAUCCCAACGUGGGAUUCUUUAGGUCACCGGACUCGUCAACGUUCCCCAGUGCUCCGARUACACCCGUUGUCAUAAAUCACACGGAUACAGCCGUCACACUGUCUUGGGGUCGUAGCAGCAAGGUCGGAUCGUCACCGCUUCUUGGUUAUCAGGUGGAAAUGUUCUCAUGCGUCGACAACGUGGGAUGGGUGACGUUGGUUCGGAGACUGCACUCGACUCACUACACGCAGUCGUUCUUAAAACCUGGCCAGUCUUACUUGUUCGUGGUGCGCGCUGAAAACUCUCACGGCCUAUCUGCGCCUAGCCACCUGUCCAACCGCGUUUCAUUGCCCACAGAAUACCGUCAGAGCAUUUCGUUUUCCCACGACAUGUCCAUCGCCAAGUCUACUCUGUUCGGUGGUCAUAUCGUAGACCUCAUCGACAUCAAGACGGUCAGCUCAACUUCUAUAAAACUUUUCUGGGAGAUCCUCAACGGAGAGUUUUUGGAAGGUUUUUAUCUAUACUACCGCAGCAAGAACAUGACCGGCCAAAAUGUAACUUUCAUGAAAAUCUUGUCGAACGCCACUGAGCUAUCGGGGGCGUACGUGAUUAACUCGCUACAGCCGUCGGUCACAUAUCUAUUUUUCUUGGUGCCGUACUACAGACACAUCAAAGGUCGACCGUCAAAUUCAAGAACUGCAAAAACUUACGAAGACUGUCCAUCUCAAGCGCCUCAACACGUCGAACCGACUGCGUACAACUCCAGCGCGGUGUACCUUAAAUGGAAUCCACCACCGGACAACUCGCACAACGGUGUCAUUACCAGUUACCAGGUAGUCAUACAGGGCGGUGCCAGUUGGGACGUGCUGAGCAACGUGACGGUCAGUGCCAGUACACCCACUCUACUCCUGACCAACCUCACGUCGGGUGUACGGUAUAAGGUCAUGAUUGCGGCAGCGACGAAAGUCGGUUUCGGCCCAUACACUGAUUCGAUCAUACUUCCGACGGACUCUAUGAACCAAAUAAAUCAAUUUAACGACGCAGUCAUUGAUCACGAAGAAAUCAAAGAAUUUGUUGCCGAACCGUGGUUCAUUCUGUUGUUGGCCGGAGUCAUAACACUUAUGGUCAUACUAUUAGCCGCCGUGCUUUUUGUCAGAUACCGUCAGUUGGGCGCAAAAAAGUCCCACUUAGGAGGUGACUAUGUUUUUGAUUCGUUAAACCCUGCCAACAAAUUGUCAUAUACGUCUGGUUUCAAAACCACAUUGGACGUGUCUCACCGAGGACAGGUAGCGUCGUUUUUGCAAUCCGAACACAGCGUGUCGAACAGUCAACGGUGUCUCUUCAUCGACGCCAACUCGUGUCAUAAACCCAAUUGGAUGCAUCAUGAUAUUGAUAGUAACGAAAAAGAUUCAAGCCAACAGCUCUUGCCGGAAAUUGCCGACUAUGCGGAAGUGAAUCCGAACACGAUGAGUACAUUUUUAAAGGAUCGCGAACUGUCGUCCCCAGCACCUUACGCCACGACUACGCUAGUGUCAAACUCGAGUUCUAGAAAUAUGAGGCGCAAUUCCGAUGACACAGCUUACGCUUCAGCCAAUAUUUAUAACCGUAAUCAGAACGUCUAUUCUGAAAGUGGGUACAGCUGUUGUUCGAGUAAUAACGACUGUCAGGGCUGCGCAGACGAUUGUGGGAGCAUGCAAGGCGUUCCUGUGUCAGUCGUUCUGAGCGGUUGUGGCCGGAAAACGUUCAGCGAAGUGUCUCACCACAGCAACAAAAGCGGUUCGAGAUUCAAUAAUUACCCACCAUAUUCGUCUAGGCAGCGAGCCCUGAUGCGCACCACGUGUUCGUCCAACGGCUAUCACUACGUAGACCCGACAAUCAUCGGACCCAUGACCAACAGCUAUGCCAACGGAUACGGCCGAGACUGCUCGCCGCCGGACGUGGUCGGUCAGCAGCAGAGGUCACCGUGCUACACCGAGGCAAGCACUGUCGGGAGCAUGCAAAACAUCUCGUGAAGUUUUUUUCGACCGAUUUUCGUUAAAAACAGAAAACGACGACAACCUCGGCCGCCGCCAACCCGGGGCAGAGCGCGCCCGACCCCAUCGCCGUACGACGAAUAGCGUUCAAAUUAUAUUAUAAAAAUAUUAUUUUUGUGAUGUGUUAGGGUGUAUUAGAAAAAAAAAAAAUACCUUUGCGUCGUAAUGACGUAAUGUUAUGUGUGUUUGUCACGCUCGCCGUCGAUCGGUGUCGUUCACCGGCGAUUCGGACAUCCGUUAUAACAAUAGUAUUGCAUAUUACGACUAUUAUUAUGACGUCGUGUCGAAGUGUGGUAACUUACCUCGUUUCCAUCGCCUCCCAUCAUGCCGCGGUGAAUAGUUAUAUUACCGUCGUGUUGUACUUUUAUUGUCACCCUCCCCAUCAAAAUUAACCCCCCGUUCCUACCACUGAUUCACGUACACCCAGGUCCACGGGAGCGAAACAUAUCAUUACAAUAUCAUUCGCCCAUUUCCGACCUAUAUACCCAUAAUAUACGAGUCGCAUAUACAUUUCGGCGUCGCAACAAUAAUAAUGAUUAUUGUGAUUAUUGUCGUACGACAACGGUACGUAUAUUUUAUUAUUGUGCUCUACUCGUCGUCGACGGUUUAAUAUCGUAUUACUAUAUUAUUACAAUAUAUUAUUAUGAUUAUAUCUGUAUUAUUAUAUUAUUAUUAUUAUUAUUAUUAUUAUUAUGUAAUGUAAUGGAGAAAAAAUUUUUAAAAAAAUGUUAUUUACGCGCGUAUACGACGGCGAAUAUUGUGCCGAUUAUAUCAGAACCCCGACGCGUUUAUAUGUAAAUCUUUAAUAGUGCCAAUGUAUAUUUUGUAUUUCAACUGUACGUGUAAAUUUUAAAUAAAACCUUCCAUUUGUUAUUUAUAAAA